UCGGUAAUUUCUGUUUAGACAGUUACUCGUUUUUUUCCGGGAACAAAUAAAAACAGAACAUUACACCAUGUUUGAAUAGUCAAAAAAGUCAACGAAACCCAAAGAGUACUUGAUAAGCAAAACUUUACAAUAGCUUCCUCCACAAUCUUCUUGAAAACAGAACACAUCACAUCCUUUAACUCUCUUUAUAAACCAACAUAACAAUCUCUUCUCCUCUUCAUUCCUAUAAACCCCUAAACACCAAAACCACUCUAAAGCGAUGUCUUCUUGUUCAAGAACGAGAACUAAAGCUCCAAGAUCAGCAAGAAUCCGUGUCUCUUCUUCACCAGCCAAGAUCGUAGCAGAUCUCGACGAUGUCUUGCUCCACAUCCUCUCCUUUCUCCCAAUCAAAACCCUCAUCAAAUGCAAACGCGUAUCAAAACGCUGGCGUUCUCUCAUAACAAACCCGAACUUCUCCAACCGCAUCAUCACCUCCAAGCAUCCCCUCCCAAUCUCAGGCCUUUACUUAAAAGGAACAAGAGACAUUGAAUACAGAUUCGUCUCUCUCUAUAACGAUGAUGACGAAGUCAGCGAACGGCUUUCAUUAUCAUCACCGCUUCGGUUCGCAGAUCAUCCAACUCCGAUCAUCGUAAUGCAAUCAACCAACGGUCUUCUCCUCUGCAAGUGCACUUGUCCUCCUAACCAUUUCAACAGAAACUUCUACGUUUACAAUCCCACGACGAACCAGAAGACUCUCCUCCCUCGGAUCAUAGACCACGUGGCGCUCUCUCUAGCUUUCGAUCCUUAUAAAUCUCCUCACUACAAAGUCUUUUGCCUCAGAAAAAGUAGCAUCUCCUCUGUUUCCUCUGUUUCCCCUGUUUCUGAUAUUUACCAUAUAGAGGUUUACACCUCCAACGAAGGACCUUGGAGAAGACUUCUCUCGGUUCCUUCUUUCGCUCUUCCUCAGACCGUUAACACCGUCUUCUGGAACGGUGCAGUUCACUGGUUUUGGUUCGGUCCAAACUCAAGAGUCUGUCUCUCUUUCGAUAUCGAAACAGAGGAAAUCAAGACCCUUCCUCUCCCUUUUCUUGAUCACCAAGACGACGAGGAGGAUCCACCUGAUGUCGGCACCUUGAGGUUCAUAGAAGAAUCAAGAGGAAAUCUUUACUUCAUCGAGGUAAACGAUCUGAGUUCUCCAGACUUAUCGGUCUACGAAAUGAACAGAACCGGCUCAACCUGGUUCUUGAAGUAUCAUGUUGACUUAGAGCCACUCGCGGCAGCGUUUCCGGAGAUGAUCAGAACCGAAUACUACACUUAUAGGAAGAUCUAUUCGUUCUCUGUCAUUGGUUUUGUAAAAGGAGAGAUAGAUGCUGAGUCUUCAUACAUAGUCCUUCACAUACCAAACAAGGCUGUUAAGUACUACUUCAUCAGCAAGACUUUCAAGAAGCUUUGCAGCUUCGAGACAUCCGAUGAUGGUGGUGAGAAUUUUUACGGAUUCCGAAGAUCUUUUCAGUUUAUUGAGUCUCUUGCUAACGUCUAGAAGAAUAACUAGAUGUCUUGGAGUUUCCUCAAGACCUGCUUCGUGUUUGGUCUAAGAGAAGGAGAAGGAGAGGAACAAGACAUUGCGAGCUGAAAGUAUUUGAGUAAACCUUCUUCACUCAGAUCCUCACAACCAUUACUAGUGAGAAUCUCAGGACGGUGCUUUGUAUCCCUCAGCUGCGGAAACAUCUAGAAUCUCUUGCCCUGCCGUUUGGUUUAAGAGCAGAUGCAAACCGUAAUCAGAGACUCGAGGCUCGAAACUCGAGUUUAGAAGAACGUUCUUGGAUUUUAGAUUGCCGUGGACGAUUGGUUUCUGCGUUCCUGUGUGAAGAUGAUCAAGAGCUUUGGAUAUUCCAAUAGUGAUGCUUAGAAUGUUGCUCCAUUUUAUAGAUUCUUCACCUCCACCUGAAAAAAAAAAAACAAGAAUGUAACUGUCUUUUAGACUAGGGUCUGUUGAGAUUGAGUGUUAUCCAAGACUUCUUCAAGUUAUGUCAUAAUGUUCUUACUGAACUAAACUAAUGAAGUGUAAAGUGAAA